AGGCGAUCGACAUUAUAAACAAUAGAUGUCAUUACCUUAUCUUAACCCUUUCAUAAUGUUCAUAGCGCCUUUUAUUUGGUUAAAUGAGUAAUUAUCUCAUCGCCACAACUAGCGGCCAAUGGGGUGACGUUUAAAGACUUAAGGUAACCACUGGCCAAUCGUCGCUCGUGGGUGAAGUGGGACAAAAUCGGGACUUAAAAAUUCACAAACUGUUCACGUAAACAGUUGCCUUUUUGAGUGCUAAAGUUAAACACAUUUCGCUUCUUUCAAGUACAUUAGUUUUCGCGUGCGUUUUUGCUUUUACCAACAAUGGAGAAUAUUAAAGCCGAGUCCGAAAAAGUCUGCGUGGAGUUACAAAACAGUGACCUUUGGAAUAAAUUUCACGAACAUAAAACGGAGAUGAUUGUUACCAAAAUGGGCCGGAGAAUGUUUCCUUACAUAAGAGUGACCAUAUCUGGACUGGACCCCUCAGCUUAUUACUGCGUAAUGCUGCAAUUUCAUUUGGCGUCGAACCAUCGCUUUAAAUACUACUCCAGCACAGGCUGGACACUCGCCGGUUCCGAAGAAAAAAAUCACAGUCAACGAGUUUACAUUCAUCCAGAGUCACCCGCAACAGGCGCGCAUUGGAUGUCUCAAACCGUGUCUUUUGCAAAAGCCAAACUAUCCAACACUAUGUCACCUCCACUAGGGUUGGUGGUCUUAUCAUCAAUGCACCAGUAUCAACCUACAAUUACAAUUGUGAAAACGGUCGAUCCCCGUUCUCUGCCUUGGAUGUCGCCAACGACGUCGGUCGCAUUUCCUGAAACGCAGUUCAUAGCAGUCACGGCAUAUCAGAACGAACAAAUAACAAAACUGAAAAUCGAAUACAAUCCGUUCGCGAAAGGUUUUCGAGAAAAUGAAGAGGGAAAAUCGAAGCGGAAACGGGCCGUCAAAGAAGAGGAUUACGAUAUAAAACGGGAAAUUAUCGAUUCGAGUUCGAACUCUUCGUCACCUUCGCUUGAUAUGGCCGCGGAAAGUAGGAUCAUCGAAUCAAGACUUUCCCAAUUUCCAUUGAACCCCUUCCACAUGUACUACAAUCAUUAUUCAUUUGCUCCUUACAACUACAUGUACCCGCCAUUUUACCUCCCCCAACAGUUCGAUUUACACACCGGCAACUAUUACGAAUCACCUCUAGUUCCCCAAGUGUUACCAAAAACUGUCAGUUCACCUGCAAGUGAAGUACCCAAAAAGUUAACGGACUUCAGUAUUCGUGCAAUAACAGGACUGUAAUUUAGUUAGUUAGAAUGUGAUAUUUUUACUUUUUGUACAUAAUGUACAUAUUAAUUUGUUAAUUUUUUGUAAAUAUUUUGUACCUCAUAAUUGUUGUUUUCGGUAGUGU